CGAGCAACCGGCGAGGACUGUGGCUUGUGAAUAGCUGCGAAGUGGCCGGGCGGUAACAAAGGGACCCGGAGACCAGCGGCUGAGCUGCCCGGGCCGUGCUGAGCGCAGCAGCUGCAACCCCAACCAUGGGGGCAAGUGAAUUUCCACCUUCUUCAAACAGGAGGGGAUUGGAAUGAAAAUUGCAAAGCAAUGUUUCCUAGCAUGAGGGCGGAGCCUCCUUUGGUGUAUCAGACUAGUUGGUGGGAAGCAUGAAAGUGUGGCUUGUGACCUUUAUUUGAAAUCUGCUCAUCAAUCUGACGUGUUGGAUUUGUAAGAGAACACAGCUUCUCACCAUUGUUAGAAAACCUGCAGAUACUUAAAAAUGAGCAGUGGUUGCUCUAACUCAAGUAUUAGCCAACAACAGGCCCAACAUCGUUAAUCACCUCAUUCUGAUGCACCAUACAUUAUGGUUCACAUCAAUCUAUUGAAAAAAAUGUGUGGACUCUUAUUUCUUGUGGUUCUGACUAUUUGCUUGUGGGGGGAAACAAGAAAAGGCUACUAUGUUCCCUUCAAAACAGAAAGCAAAAGUCUUCAGAUUCCCAGAGCUCUGGGAAAAGGAGACGUACUUACAUCCCGACUUCUUUCAAGCAAAGCUGUCAAUGAGAAGGGCCAGUUAUCUGUUGCUUUGCUGGUCAAACUGGAUAAAGUAAAUGGCAGCAUCUCUCCAACCCCUCCAGGAAACAAUGCAAUGGCAAAGUCCAAGAAAUCAUUGCUCUCUGUGAAUGUCUGGAAUGAGGACAGUUCAUCAAAGAAUCUCAUACCCAGGCUGCGAAAGGUCAAAAACAAUUACCUGUCCAUGAACAAGUACAAUGUGACUUACAAAGGGCAAAGGAAUACUGCCAAACUCAGUCCAGAGAAACUGCUGUGCCAGCUCCGGGACAGAGUGAAUGUGACAAUGAUCCAUGGGUCAGACGGUCCGUUCAAUACCUCUGAAUGGCAGAUGUAUCUACCAAGAAAAAACCUCAGCCAAGAAGUUGGCCACUUCCGUCAAUGCGCUGUCGUGUCCUCAGCAGGAUCUCUGAAGUCCUCGCAUCUGGGACCAGAGAUAGACACCCACGAUGCAGUUUUGAGAUUUAAUGGGGCUCCUACCAUAGGGUUUCAGAAUGAUGUAGGGGAAAAGACAACAGUCCGCCUUGUUAAUUCCCAGGCUGUGCUUAGAGGAACAGCUCAGUUGGGCUUUGUCAUGUACAUUUCCUUGCUUGUAACUGUCGAAGAGCAGAAGUUCCUUACAGAUACAUUGUACAAUACUGGAAUCUUAAUUGUCUGGGAUCCAGCACCUUAUCAUGCCGAAAUUAAUGAGUGGUACAGAAAACCAGAUUACAGUUUCUUUGCAAACUACAAGGUGUAUCGUACUAGACAUCCGGAACAGCCCUUUUAUAUCCUGAACCCAAAAAUGCAGUGGCAGCUCUGGGAUAUUCUGCAGGAGAACUCGCUGGAGGAAAUUCAGCCCAAUCCACCUUCUUCUGGAAUGCUUGGCAUUGUGAUCAUGAUGACCCUCUGUGAUGAAGUGGAUGUUUAUGAAUUCCUCCCUUCCAAACGACAGACAGAUAUCUGCCACUAUUACCAGAGAUACCACGACCGCGCCUGCACCAUGGGUGCUUACCACCCACUGCUGUUUGAGAAAAACUUGGUGAAGCACAUUAACCAAGGCCAAAAUGAGUUAAUUUACACCCAUGGGAAAGUGACUUUGCCCGGUUUCAGAAACAUGCACUGUUAG